CAGAACAUUGAACUGUUGGUUUCUAUGGGCAGGGACAGAUUUGUGACCUUGUCAUUAUCCUGCCUUGGGAAUGAUGUCGGACUUUUCUUGUGCUUUUCAGCUACGAAAGACCCCAUGGCUGUGGAGAGAGCCAACUUAUUAAACAUGGCUAAGCUGAGUAUCAAGGGGCUCAUUGAGUCUGCCCUGAGCUUUGGCCGCACCCUGGACUCGGACUACCCACCUCUGCAGCAAUUCUUUGUGGUUAUGGAACACUGCCUGAAACACGGCCUUAAAGUGAGGAAAUCAUUUUUGAGUUAUAACAAAACUAUUUGGGGCCCUCUGGAACUGGUGGAGAAGCUAUACCCCGAAGCAGAAGAAAUCGGAGCGAGUGUCCGGGAUUUGCCCGGCCUUAAGACUCCCCUGGGUCGUGCUAGGGCGUGGCUCCGAUUAGCCCUCAUGCAAAAAAAAAUGGCCGAUUACCUUCGUUGCUUAAUUAUCCAGAGGGAGCUCCUGAGCGAGUUCUAUGAGUACCAUGCACUAAUGAUGGAGGAGGAGGGAGCCGUGAUUGUUGGGCUACUGGUCGGCCUGAAUGUGAUUGAUGCCAAUCUGUGUGUGAAGGGAGAGGACCUGGACUCCCAGGUUGGAGUGAUUGAUUUCUCAAUGUAUUUAAAGAAUGAAGAAGAGAUUGGAAACAAAGAAAGGAAUGUUCAAAUUGCUGCCAUCUUAGACCAAAAGAAUUACGUUGAAGAAUUAAAUAGACAACUAAACAGCACAGUCAGCAGCCUCCAUUCAAGAGUUGACUCACUAGAAAAGUCAAACACUAAGCUGAUUGAAGAGUUAGCAAUAGCAAAGAAUAAUAUCAUUAAGCUCCAAGAAGAAAACCAUCAGUUACGCAGUGAAAACGAAUUGAUCUUAAUGAGAACUCGGCAGCACCUGGAGGUUACCAAAGUGGAUGUGGAAACUGAGCUGCAAACAUACAAGCAUUCUCGGCAAGGUCUAGAUGAAAUGUAUAAUGAUGCCAGGAAGCAGCUUCGAGAUGAGUCACAGCUACGACAGGAUGUGGAGAAUGAGCUGUCAGUACAAGUUGGCAUGAAGCAUGAGAUUGAGCUUGCUAUGAAGUUGUUGGAGAAAGACAUUCAUGAGAAACAAGACACUCUCAUAGGCCUUCGGCAACAGCUGGAAGAAGUCAAAGCAAUCAACAUUGAGAUGUACCAAAAGCUGCAGGGCUCUGAAGACAGCUUGAAAGAAAAAAAUGAAAUAAUUGCCCGACUAGAAGAAAAGACCAAUAAAAUCACUACGGCCAUGAGGCAGCUGGAGCAAAGAUUGCAGCAAACAGAGAAGGCACAAAUGGAAGCUGAAGACGAGGGUGAGAAAUGUGCCCAAGAGUGUCUGAGCAAAUCCGACAGUCUGCAGAGACAGAUCUCGCAGAAGGAGCAGCAGCUGGUACAGCUGGAAACAGAUUUGAAGAUUGAGAAAGAAUGGAGACAAACUUUGCAAGAAGAUCUUCAAAAGGAGAAAGAUGUCCUAUCUCAUCUUAGAAAUGAGACCCAGCAAAUCAUUAGUCUUAAAAAAGAGUUUCUUAACCUCCAGGAUGAAAAUCAGCAGUUGAAAAAAAUAUAUCAUGAACAAGAGCAGGCUCUGCAAGAACUUGGCAGCAAACUUUGCGAAUCCAAACUUAAAAUAGAUGACAUAAAAGAAGCCAACAAAGCAUUACAGGGACUGGUCUGGCUAAAAGACAAAGAGGCAACACACUGUAAGCUUUGCGAGAAGGAAUUUUCACUCUCCAAAAGAAAGCACCACUGUAGGAACUGUGGGGAAAUUUUCUGUAAUGCGUGCUCUGACAAUGAACUGCCUUUGCCAUCUUCACCAAAGCCAGUGCGAGUCUGUGAUUCCUGUCAUGCAAUGCUCAUUCAGAGAUGCUCCUCUAAUGUGCCAUGACAUGGGAACUCAAUCCUCCUGCACAGAAGCACCUGCAGUGAGUGUGAGGACGAGUGCAGAGCAGUCGGCACUGUUCCUCUCUCCUCCAGCUAACACACAGGAGUCUACGUUGUACAGUUAGUAUUGAGUUUCUGCUCUUACUCAGACUUUAAGAUAGCAUGUUUUGUGACUGCUUGGAACAAUCAUUGAACCCUUAAGGAAGGCUGAAUAGCAGAGCUAACAAUGCACUUCUGCCUUAACUUCUAGAGGCCUUCUUGAGAACAAGGCCACAGCUUGUUUGUUCUGAACUGUCAAGUUGGCACUUGGUGGUGCCUGUAAUUCUCUUAAUGCACUUUAAAGAUUCACAAUUCUCAGAGGAAGACUGGAAAUCUACUCAUGAUGUGAUAAUAUGUUAACAGAACAUCCUUUUCUGACCAUGAACUCAUAGAUUUCCUUGCCUCAGUCUAGGAUCAUAGGUAUUGCCGCCACACCAGGCCUGUAUAGUCUUCAUUGUCUGGUAAGAUUCUAAUUUAACUGUGUUUGUUUCUCCCUUUCUACAGUGGAAAAGGCCAAUAAUUUUAUCCCAUACCCACCUCUCCUUUCAUAUAGUGAAUUAAAGGACCAGCUUUGCUCUACACUUAAGGAAUGUUAAAUAUAACCACCAUCCUUGUCACAAAAGCUCAUUUUUGUAAAGGGUUGGACCCCAGAGACAACAAACAACCUUUCUGAGAGGGAUGGAGGGAGAUCACAGGCUUUUAACGAUUCUAAGUAAAAUUAAGAGCAUUUAAAAUUCUGCCUAUGCUAGGAUAUAAUUUUCUCCAUCCCCCAAUUCUAAGAAACUUCUAGGAAACAUUAUAUUGCAGUGUUUACACCUAUCUACAGUAGAAUUUCACUCUAUGUAUCAAGUACCUUAUGCUAUAGCCUUAGGCAGAAAAAUAAAACAUUAAAUUAAUGAAACCAAGAUCAUUCAGGAUCUUAAAUUUAAGUCUUGCACUUUUAAAUCUAUAAACUCUGUAGAGAUUUUACAUUCCUAAAGACAGUUUAGUGAUUGGGCACUUUUCUGAUCUGAUUCUUUGGAACCUUUUUGUUAUAUUUCAGUAAGUUUUAUAAAUUGCCAAAAUUACAAAACCAGUUUUCACCAGCUUCUGGGGUCAACUUAAAUUAGAUGUCAGAUUUUGUGAUGCCCCCUUUUGGAAACAGCAACUCACGUAACCCAAGUUGGCCUUUAACUUGGUGUGUAGCAGAGGAUGUCCUCGAACUGGUUGUCUGACCUCCAAACCCUCCUGAGAUUACAGCUGUUUUAUGUGGUGUUGGGGAUGGAAGCCCUGGCUUUGUGUAGGUUGGCCAGGUACUCUACCAACUGAAACCCCGCCCCAUGCCAAGAUGUCAUUUGUUGAGUACUUAGAUGCUAAGGCAGGAAAGACUGCCAUAAGUUCAAGGUGAGCCUGGUCUGUCCCUAGAAUUCCAGAUCAGCUAUAUAUAGAGAUCUCCACUGAAAACCUGGCUCAAAAAUUAGGAUAUAAGAAUUAUAUUCUCAAACCAUUUCAAAAACCAUUUUGACGGGAUAGACUUAACAUUUUAUGAAAAAAUUUCAAAUACUUUUAUGUGCUUUUUGUCACAUUUCUGGGGCAGCAUUAACUUGAUCCCCACAGUCUGGGAUGAGGAGACAUCUCAGUGGUAAAAUGUUUGCUUACUAUGUGUGUGUUAAAGCCCUGGGUUCUCAAUCCACAGCACUACCACCCAAAGAAAUAUGAUAAAAAUCUAAAUUUAGGAUACAUUUUAUUUUGCAAAAACCACGGACAUUCCCUUACUUACCUUAAAGUCAGUACUACCACAAAAUUGUAAUUACAGUGCCAAGGAAUUGUAAUACUAAUCUGUAAUGUUUUUAAAAUAAAUGUCAAUUUUUUGAGAAAU